UCAAAUUUCUUCUUUAUCGGUUCAGUUAUGCAGCCCGAGUAAUGUCAGUUCUUGCAUCUCAAAAUUAAUAAAAAGUAACCAAUCAAUUACAAAUAAACUCUCUAAAUGGCUCUUCAAGCGAUUAAAGAUUUAUCUAAACAUGUCCUGCAAACACAAAAAUUAUUGAAUUCCAAAUAUGAUUGUUCAAAGUACAUUGCAUUUAAAUCAUAUUGCGAUCAGCGAAAUGAACCACCAAAACCUAAAGUUACUGACAUGCCCUCAAUGUCUGAACCUGUACCUGGACUCCCAACACCUAUAUUCUCAACAUUUAAAGAACAAGACCAAACAACAGAAGUUACAGUUUUGAAAAAUGGCUUAACUGUUGCCUCAGAAAGUAGAUUUGGUGAAUUUUGCACUGUGGGAGUAAUCAUUGAUUCUGGAUCACGGUAUGAAGUGGCUUAUCCUAGUGGAAUUUCGCAUUUCUUGGAAAAGUUAGCCUUUAAUUCAACACUGCAAUUUCCAAAUCGUGUUGAAAUGCUAAAUAAGUUGGAAAAGCAUGGUGGCAUAUGCGACAGUCAAGCAUCAAGAGAUACAUUUAUUCAUGCUGCAUCUGCAUACUCAACUGGCCUGGAUGAUGUUAUUCAACUGCUGGCAGAGGCAACAUUGAGGCCCCAAAUUACUGAUGAAGAAGUGAAUGAGGCAAGGCAGGCAAUACAUUUUGAGCUUGAAUCACUGAACAUGAGACCAGAACAAGAAACACUUUUAAUGGAUAUGGUUCAUAGAGCAGCAUAUAGAGAUAACACAUUGGGUCUUCCAAAGAUUUGUCCAGCUAAUAACAUAAAUAAAAUUAACAGAGAAACUCUGUUUACUUAUCUUUACCAUCAUUACACACCUAACAGAAUGGUUGUUGCUGGUGUUGGUGUGGAGCAUCAGAAAUUGGUUGACAUUGUGCAGAAGUACUUUGUUGACAUUAAGCCCAUUUGGGAGGUACAUGAUUUAGUCUCACCAAUAAAUAAAAAAAUCUCUCUGGAUAACAGUAUAGCACAGUACACUGGUGGAAUAAUUCAGGAAGAGUGUGAAAUACCACAGUUUGCAUCAGCAGGAUUACCACUACUAUGCCAUGUUAUGAUUGGUUUAGAAGGAUACUCACAUCAAGACAAGGACUUCAUAGCAAUGUGUGUGUUAAAUAUGAUGAUGGGAGGUGGAGGAUCCUUCAGUGCAGGUGGGCCAGGCAAAGGAAUGUACACCAGACUAUAUACAAAUGUUUUAAAUAGAUAUCACUGGAUGUUCAGUGCAACAGCUUAUAACCAUGCUUAUACUGACUCUGGACUAUUUUGCAUACAUGCUAGUGCUCCACCUGCAAACAUUAGAGACAUGGUAGAAAUAAUUGUUAAGGAGAUGGUAGCCAUGACUGGAAAUGUUACAGACCAUGAAUUAAGGAGGGCAAAAACUCAGCUGCAGUCAAUGUUAUUAAUGAACUUGGAAUCCAGACCAGUAAUGUUUGAGGAUAUAGGCAGGCAAGUGUUAAUCACUGGACACAGGAAACGGCCGCAACACUUCAUAGAUGAGAUUGAAAAGGUCACAAAGGAUGACAUUGUUGCAGUAGCAAAGAAAUUGUUGAGUUCACAACCUGCUGUGUCAGCCAGAGGAGAUCUCAGAAAAAUGCCUAGUAUAGAAUACAUCCAAGCAGGAUUAUCCGAUGCGGAGGGAAGAUUGCCGGGUAGAAAAUUAUCAUUGUUCCGUUAGUUUGGGACAUUAAAGCAAUAUUGAUUCAGUUGUGAUCAAAUUUGAUUUACAUCAGACCUGUGAAUUUGAAACAUUAUUGUUUAGGAAAUACAUAAAUAAUGAAAUAUUGUCGAUGGACUUUUAUCACAUCAUCGCAACAAUAUGAUGUUAUUGUACUGAUGUUAUGUAUAUAUUUUUAUAAUAAGAUCCUAUUAUAACUGCAA